UAAAGGAAGCACGCGGCUCCUCCUCCCGUUAUUCUGCCCUGAGCUGUCCGGCAGGAAACCGCCUCUUUUUGCCUCUCCGCCGGCUCGGUCGCGGCGCGAGCUCACUUCUCUCGAUGCUCGUGCGCGUGCGGAGGAGCGCGCGGCACAAGCCAAUUCACACGGAAUUAUUAUGUCCAGGACCGCGACGAGAGUCCCGCGCGCCGCCGCCUCGCCUCUCCUCGCGGCGCAGCUGCUGCUGCUGAUCGCGGCUAGCCUGACGCGCGCGGCUGGAGCGCUGCGCGUGCACCAGGCGUUCUCGUCACCGAGCGAGACGAACAAUUUCGCCGUGGACGCCGAGUCGCGGCGCGUCUACGUGGGCGCCGUGAACGCGUUGUACCAGCUGAGCGGCUCGCUCGCGCCCGAGGCCGAGCAGCGCACUGGCCCCGUGCAGGACAGCGCGCUGUGCCAUGCACCGCAGCUGCCGCAGGCGCCGUGUGAGCACGCGCGCGCCCUAGCUGACAACCACAACAAACUGCUGGCGCUGGACGGAGCGCAGGGCGUGCUGGUGGCGUGCGGCUCCGUGCACCAGGGCUUCUGCGAGCUGCGCAGCUUGGAGAACGUGACGCGCAUGGCUGUCAGCUUCCCGCCGCCCGGCGCCGCCGUGUUCCCAAGCAUGCUGAACGUGGCCGCCAACCACGCCAACGCCAGCACGGCGGGACUGGUGUUUCGCGUGCGCGGUGGUGUCGGCGGUGGAGGGAGCGCGCGCCUCCUGGUCGCCGCCACGUACACGGGCGCGGGCAGCGACUUUUUCCCACGCAACCGCAGCCGAGAGGACCUGCGCUUCGAGAACACGCCGGAGAUCGCUAUCCGCGCGCUCGACGCCGCCGAACCCACGCGACUUUUUACCUAUGACAUCAACCCUUCCGAGGACAACGUGCUCAAGAUCAAGCAGGAGGCCAAAGCGCGCAACAAGCUGGCGUUCGUGCGCGCCUUUGCUUGGCACACCUACGCGUACGUGGCCAUGAACCGGGACGGGGUCGGGGGAGCAGGUGGUGGAGGAGGAGGCGCGGGAGGAAGCACCGGUGGUGGAGCUACUAGCGGUGGAGGUGGAAGCGGAGGAGGUGGUGGAGGUGGAGGCGCCAAGGAAAGCGAGCCUAGCAGCGUGCUUGCGCGCAUCUGCUUGGACGCGGAGGUGCCGCGCCGCUCCGCCGCCGCGGAGCCGCGCAAGCUCACCGAGUCUUACGUGCAGAUGGGGCUGCAGUGCGGCGCAGGGGGGGACGUAUACGGCCGCCUCGUGUCCGUGUUCGCCGCCGAGAACGUGUUCACGGACAGCCACGAGCGCGCCGAGCCCUACCUGUUCGGUGUAUUCUCGCGGGCGGGCAGCAGGUGGACGGCACUGUGCGCGUUCCGCUUCGCCGAUGUGGAGGAGAGAAUUCGCGAGGCGCGCCGAAACUGCUCGAGCGGACCCAAUGGAGACGUGCGCGUGCUGGACAGUGUCAUCCAGGGCUCCGGGGCUGAGUGCGAGGCAAAGGGCAACAUUGUGCUCCAGCAGGAGCAGCUGAACUGUGGAGCAGCCCACCUACAGCACCCGCUGGCCCUCCAGAAGCCCCUCAGAGCCACGCCGCUGUACGAGGCACCCGGCAUCAGCUCUGUCGCUGUGGACAACAUCCACAACCACACCGUGGUGUUCCUGGGCAGCAGCAACGGGUGGCUGCGCAAGCUGUCGCUGCUGCGAAACUUCACCGUGGCCAAUCAGUGGCCGCUGAGACUCGCUGCAGGAGAAUCAGUUCAUCACAUCAUGACCUUUGAUCCCAACGACAGAAACUACCUGUACCUCAUGACAACACACCAUCUGUUCCGGGUUCAGGUGGCUGCGUGUGAUCAGUACUCCUCGUGCAGUGACUGUCUCAGUGCUAGUGAUGCGUACUGCGGCUGGUGCACACUGGAGAGCAGGUGCUCCAUUCAGGAGGAGUGCUCCAGUCGGGGUUUGGCCCGCUCGUGGAUCAGCAUAAGGGACGGACCCCAGCAGUGCCCUUCCAUGACCUUCACCCCGGCGGAGUUCAGCAGGACCGCCAACAUCACGAAUGUGGGGAUCUUGGUUGACGGCAGCGUUCCUGACUUGAACGGUCUCGGCCUCGAAUGCCAUUAUGGGGUUGGCAUGGCAACAGUUGCCACGGUGCACCUGGAUGAAGGUUCUGCCAAAAUCCAGACGUGCCCCCUGCCCCCUGCCAGCCGAUUUCCUGAGAUUCCUUUAGGCGAGGACCACGUUGUGGUUCCAGUGGCCAUCAGGGUGAACGGCACCUCUGUGGUUUCUGGAAGCUUCAUCAUCUACGACUGCAAAAGAACCGGAGAGAUUCACUCGAAGACUGCGUGUACAAGCUGUCUGAGCACUAACUGGAGGUGUAACUGGGACCAGCAGCUGAACUUGUGUUUUUCUGAUAAACACAGCGCUCAGGGCAUGGUGCUGGAGAAUGCAGCUGACUGCCCCAGUGUCGUAGCCCAGGAAUUCCCCCCACGGCCCACUGGAUCCGCUGAAGACAUCACCCUCCGCCUCAGCAAUGUGGAGCAGGACACAGGGCUGGACUGUGACUUUGGGAACGGACAGUCAUAUGAGGCUCACUGGCUGGACGGGCAGUCGGCUGUGAAAUGCAGUGGAGUGACAUUAAGCACCACAAAGAGGAGCGAGAUAUUCCACCUUAACCUGAGGAGAAGAGGAGAACAGAAGUACAUCGACAGUCCCCAACCUGUUACAGUGGAGGUGUAUAGCUGCAGUGGUGGGGACAGUGACUGUUCUCAGUGUUGGGGUAGAGAACAGCAGGGGCACCUGUGUGCCUGGUGUGAGAACAGCUGUCGUCCCAGAGACCAGUGCCAGCCAAUCAGAAUGCAGUGUCCUGACCCCACCAUCCACAAGAUUCAUCCCCUCAGUGGUCCGAUCACGGGCGGGACCCUCCUGACGGUACAGGGGAAGAAUCUGGGGCGCAGGGCUGAAGAUGUGAAGGUAUCUAUUGGAGAUACAUCCUGUCUCCUGCUUCCAGAACGCUACACCGUUUCAACAGAGUUAGUGUGUGAAACUGGACAAUCUUCACAAACACUGCAGAGCAAGGUGGAAGUCAGAGUGAGUGACAAUGGAAUGGGUCAUUCCAGGGAAACCUUCUCCUAUGUGGAGCCCACGCUGCUUGAUCUAAUGCCCAGAGAGGGACCCAUCGCUGGGGGAACAAGGCUCACCAUCAGAGGUGUGUCCUUGGAGGCUGGAUCUUCUGUUAAAGUGAAGGUUAACAACACUCAGGACUGUAAAAUUGAUAUCCUGUCUGCUGACAUCAUCCAGUGUGUGAUGCCCCCGGCCGUGCCCGAACAUGCCGAGGACGUGUGGUUGUGUGUGGAGUACAACGGCAGGCCCUGUGAGAGACAUCUCAGCCGUAGUUUCUCCUACCAGAAUAACCCCACCAUCAGCAAAAUCAAGCCAAACAAAAGCUACCUGAGUGGAGGGCGAACCAUCUCUGUGAUUGGUCAAGGUUUUCAUUUGGUCCAGACAGCUCAGUUGGAGAUGGUGGGCAUUGGAGACAAGGAUUGCAGGGUCCUGUCACCUACCCUACUUCUUUGCCCCUCCCCUCCAUCCAUCCAGUCGCAGCAGGUCUCAGUGCAGUUCAAACUGAAUGGGAACUUAUACAGAGGAGAAAGCCACGCCUCUUAUGGACUAGACCUGGAAGAGGAAGAGGAGCCUCACACAGGUCACUUCCUGUUCGAGUAUGUUGAAGACCCUCAGUUUUACACGGCCAACAAAGAGAAACUCAUAAAGCACCAUCCAGGAGAACCUCUCUUACUUGUGAUCAAUAAAGGGCCGAGCCAGCUGGAUCUGACUGAGGAGGAAUACUCGGUCAGGAUUGGCUCUGACAUCUGUGACAUCACCUUUAAUAAUGAACAGAUGAUCUACUGCACCAUCAACAGGACUCUGAGUUCCAGGACAGGAGAGCUGCCCGUCACUGUGCAGGUUGGUAAUUUCCAUAAACAGAUAGCGGUGGUUCAGAUGGGAGGCAGUGAGCUGGCCAUCAUCGUCACGGUCGCAGUGUGCUGCGUCCUUCUACUGCUCUGUACUGUGGCGCUGGUGGUGUACUGCACUAAGAGUCGGAGGGCAGAGCGAUACUGGCAGAAGACUCUCUUACAGAUGGAGGAAAUGGAGUCACAGAUAAGAGAGGAGAUACGCAAAGGGUUUGCAGAGCUGCAGACAGAUAUGACUGACCUGACGAAAGAGCUGAAUCGCAGUCAGGGCAUCCCCUUCCUCGAGUACAAACAGUUUGUUACUCGAACCUUUUUCCCAAAGAUGUGCUCAGACUAUGAGAGGAGUCUGGUUCAGCCGGUGUAUGAAAAUAACCCUCAGGGUCCGAGAGCUUUGCCUGAAACCCACCCUCUACUGCAGGACUGGCAGCCUUCUAACACUGCCAGGCCCAACAUGGAGGAAGGAAUCACUCUGUUUUCCACACUCCUCAACAACAAGCACUUCCUUAUCACUUUUGUUCACGCGCUGGAACAACAGAAGGACUUUGCAGUUCGAGACAGAUGUAAUCUGGCCUCACUGCUCACCAUUGCCCUCCAUGGUAAACUGGAGUACUACACCAGCAUCAUGAAGGAGCUGCUAGUGGACUUGAUCGAUGCUUCAGCCUCCAAGAACCCUAAGCUGAUGCUGAGGAGAACUGAGUCUGUGGUUGAGAAGAUGCUGACCAACUGGAUGUCCAUCUGCAUGUACAGUUACCUCAAGGAGACAGUCGGGGAGCCUUUCUUCCUCCUGCUGUGUGCCAUCAAACAACAAAUCAACAAGGGCUCCAUAGAUGCCAUCACAGGGAAGGCGCGGUAUACCCUGAACGAGGAGUGGCUCCUGAGAGAGAACAUCGAGGCCAAACCUGUGAACAUAAACGUAUCGUUUCAAGGCUUUGGUAUGGACUCAGUCAGUGUGCGUGUGAUGAACACAGACACCAUCUGUCAGGUGAAGGAGAAGAUCCUGGAAGCUUUCUAUAAGAACCUGCCAUUCUCCCAGUGGCCUCACGAGGAGGACGUGGAUCUAGAGUGGUUUCCUGGAGGCGGCUGCAGCAGCAGAAUUCUUCAGGAUCUGGAUAACACCUCAAUAAUGGAGGACGGCAGGAAGAAGCUCAACACUGUGUUUCACUACAAGAUCCCAGAGGGGGCGUCGCUCGCCAUGAGCAUGAAAGACAAGCGGGAGAACACACUGGGCAGAGCUAAAGACUUGGACACAGAGAAGUACGUUCAUCUGGUUCCACCACACGAUGAACUGAUAGAACCCAAGAAGUCUCAUAGGCACAGUCACAGGAAGAAGGUGUUACCUGAGAUCUACCUGACACGCCUGCUCUCCACAAAGGGGACGCUUCAGAAGUUCCUGGACGAUCUCUUCCAAGCCAUCCUCAGCAUCCCACAGGAAAAGCCACCCCUGGCUGUGAAGUACUUUUUUGAUUUUCUAGAGGAGCAGGCAGACAAACGAGGGAUCACUGACCCAGAUACUCUGCACAUCUGGAAGACCAACAGUUUGCCUCUACGCUUCUGGGUGAACAUCCUGAAGAACCCCCAGUUUGUGUUUGACAUUGAUAAGACGGAUCAUAUGGACGCCUGCCUUUCUGUCAUAGCUCAGGCUUUUAUUGACGCAUGCUCCAUCUCUGACCUACAGCUGGGAAAGGACUCUCCCACCAACAAGCUGCUGUACGCUAAAGAGAUUCCGGAGUAUAAGAAGAGAGUGCAGUGCUUUUACAAACAGAUCCAAGAGAUGGCACCACUCAGCGAGCAGGAAAUGAACGCCCACCUCGCUGAGGAGUCACGGAAAUACCGGAAUGAGUUCAACACCAACUUAGCCCUUACAGAAAUCUACAAAUACGCCAAGAGAUACCGCACUCAGGUGGUAAACGCUUUGGACUCCAACCCCACGGCCCGGCGCACUCAGCUGCAGCACAGGUUUGAGCAGGUCAUCGCCCUGGUGGAGGACAACAUCUACGAGUGCUGCAGUGAAGCCUGAACACCAGCCAAUCCAAACUAGGCCUCCACAGGCCGGAGCCAAUCACAACCCGAGCAUAAGGGGUCCCGAGCCAAUGAAAACAGCAACUGAACAUUCCAGUAGUCGAACAUUAAGCAAAGGGAGGAAAGUUCCACUAUAAAUGUAACAGAAAUAAUCUUUCGUUGCUGAUAAACAUCAGCCCUUCUUCUUCUCGCUCUGGCCGGCUUGUGAGUGUUUAAUUCGUAUGCAAUCCAAAUACACAUAAACGCCUGUUCACACAAGACGGGGGACUGAUUUCACUUUAUGUCACUUCGUGGUGGGAGGCUAUUUAAAGUGGACUUAUGGGACCAGGGGUUCCUGCCUUUAUUUUUACGCACUGACCCCACUCUGGGGAAGAGCCAAUGAUGCACUGGACUGUAUAGUAAAGAAUUUCCAUAGCAAUAUUUAUAGCUUUGUGUAUGAUUUUUAUAGCUUAAGGUUAAUGUGAAAGGAAAAAUAUGGAAAAGUCCUCCUAGCCUGCAUUGCUCAGAGGGUAUCCGCCAGAUAGUACUGGUCUGGUCAGAUCUUUUUUUUUGUUUGUUUUUAUGUUUAUGUUUUUUUUUUUCUUUUAUUCUUUGCGUCGAGGGAAAACUCAGAAGAAAGAAAAGAACAAAAAUCAGAUCUGGAGGCUCUGUACAAAACCCUGGCAGCAGGCAGAGAAGGAGUUUGAACAUUGAAGCGUAAAACUAUAAAUCAGUGAUUAUAAGUAAUUACAUGAUUAUGCAGGUCAUGGCCAUGAAGAGGAGGAAGGACUGUUUUAAAGGUUGUAGAAUGUUGACUGGUUUUGACUGACUUGUCUGAACUAAACAGAGCUAUUAUAGGUUAUUGUGUUGGAUGAUGUAAGUUUAUUGCAUUGCUUUCAUGGAGAAAGAGGGAAAUUUUAUCAAAUAAACCUAUGAACCUUCCUUA